ACCAUUAAACCCAGCGGUUUUAACUUUUAAGUCUUCAAUACAACCAUUUUCUUGCAUUUCUUCCCCUCAACCGACUACAAAACCAAAAUCUCCAAAAACCCAAAAAAAAAAACCCAAAAUUUCCUCAAUUUUCAUCCAAUCAAACCCAGAAACAGGAUUCAGGGUUCUAAGAAUUAGAUAAGUACAUCUCAUUUGCAGAAAAAGAAGAUAAACUUUGAAGGUUUCAAUUUUUGUUUUUCAAAAAUGCUUCCUCAACAAAGUUCUCAAUCCGAGUCAAAUCGGUCAUCUCCUCACAAAAUCGAACCAUCAUCACCAAGAUUUCUGUCUGCAACAAAUACUCCACCUAUAGCUGGAGCUCAACGUAAGAUAGCAAUAGCUGUUGAUUUGAGUGAUGAAAGUGCUUAUGCAGUGAAAUGGGCUGUACAGAAUUACCUUCGACCUGGUGAUGUUGUAAUUCUUCUUCAUGUUAGACCAACUAGUGUUCUUUAUGGAGCUGAUUGGGGUUCAAUUGAUUUAAGCGUUGAAACAGAUGAAGAAUCUCAACAAAAACUUGAAGAUGAUUUUGAUGCUUUUACAACAACCAAGUCAACUGAUCUUGCUCAGCCAUUAGUUGAAUCACAAAUUCCAUUUAAGAUUCAUAUUGUGAAAGAUCAUGAUAUGAAAGAAAGACUUUGUUUAGAAGUUGAAAGGUUAGGGUUAAGUGCUGUUAUUAUGGGUAGUCGAGGGUUUGGUGCAUCUAAGAGGAAUAAGAAAGGCAGACUUGGAAGUGUUAGUGAUUAUUGUGUUCAUCACUGUGUUUGUCCAGUUGUUGUUGUUAGACUUCCAGAGGAUAAAGAUGAUGAUGCUGAUGAGGAGAAAGAAAAAGAGGGAGAUCUUCAUACAGUUCCAGAGGAGGAUACGGAGUGUCAUGAUGCCUCCGUUGAAAAGAAAGAUGCAUAAGAAGUCCAUGUGUUCGUGGUGGGGUCCUCAUGAAUCCAGGUGGGUGAUGGAUGAUCCUUUCCUCCUUUACUGUAUUGUCUCAUAUUACAAGUUUGAGUUGCUAUUAUUAUCUAGAGUCGAUUCUGAAAUCAGGGUUGCUAUUUGAUAUUCUGUACCUUUUUUGAAACAUAUCUUGUCAUUGACAUUUUAGAGAAAAAUCUCAUGCCCCCUUAAACCCUUCAGAACAAGAUAAAUAAAAACCUAUGAGCCUCUUAGAGAUUUUGAUGACUCUGCAAUAAGGAAACACUCGUCCAACUGCGUUACGAGAAAAUUUAUUGGAUAUAUUGCAAGAAGAUUCUCCUUCUCUAUUCAUAGCUACUUCUGGGGUGGGAACAGUGUUCACUUGCUGUAUUCUAAACGCUGACAUGCAUCUGUGUUUUUCAAUUGAAUUGCAAAGUUUGAGAAACAUGCUCGAGUUGAAGACCAGGAGAAGUUUGAGAGAACCGAAAAGGUUUCGUGCUGGUUGGUGGGACUCACGCCAUGUAAAUUUGAAGGCUGCAAUGUUGUUAACUCUUUCUUGCUCCAUCUGAUCUAUUUAUAGUUUUGUUGUCUGUAUGUUGCACAUAAGAAUAGUGGAUACUUGAUGGAUGGUAUUCAUCUGGUGGCUUAGGACGGUUGUUGAUAUAGGUUCUUCAAAAGGAUUCUACCGCUUUUCUUUGUGAAAUAUAUGUUCUGUUGUUGGAUGUA